CAUUUUGUUUUUCCCAACAUAACUUUCAAGAUGGCAGCUGCGGUGCGGGGUCCAAAGUUUUUCUCCACGACGAAGAAAGGCGAGAACUUUGAAUUGAAAGCCGAUUUAAACAGUGAAUACAGAGAGAAACGAAAAGAGACCGUCAAAAAGGUCAUUGCCAAUAUGACUAUAGGAAAAGAUGUCAGCAGUCUUUUUGCGGAUGUGGUCAAGAACAUGCAGACGGAGGAUCUUGAACUCAAGAAGUUGGUCUACCUCUACCUCAUCAAUUACGCGAGGACCCAGCCAGAACUCGUUAUUCUGGCCGUGAACACAUUCGUUAAGGACACAGACGAUGUGAACCCGUUGAUUCGUGCGCUCGCAAUCAGGACGAUGGGUAUGCUACGAGUGGAGAAGAUAAUUGAUUAUCUAUUGGAGCCAUUGAAGAAGGGAUUAAAGGACGAAGACCCAUAUGUCCGGAAGACCGCAGCCUUGUGCGUGGCCAAACUCUACGACCUUUCACCUAUGAUUGCGAUUGACAACGGUCUGAUUACUAUCGUUCAAGACAUGCUCUCAGAUAGAAAUCCAAUGGUGAUUGCGAACGCUGUCGCUGCGCUUGCCGAAAUUAGUGAAGCUUCUGUUCGGCGUGACGUAUUUGUCGUCAACAGAAGCAUACUCACGAAACUGUUAGCGGCUUUGAAUGAAUGCACAGAAUGGGGCCAAAUCUGCAUUCUUAAUUCGUUAGCUAGUUAUCGUCCGCAUGACACUCGUGAGGCGGGCGAUAUCGCGGAGCGGGUACUGCCCCGGUUGCAACAUGCCAAUGCCAGUGUUGUGCUGUCGGCAGUGAGGGUGUUGAUGAUCUACCUGGAAUUCAUCACUAAUGACGAACUUUUAAAGCAAAUCACAAGGAAGAUGGCUCCCCCAUUAGUCACUUUACUGUCAUCAGAGCCGGAGAUACAAUAUGUCGCUUUGCGAAACAUCAAUCUGAUUCUUCAAAAACGGGCGGACGUUCUGAAUCAAGAAAUUCGAGUAUUCUUCAUUAAAUAUAAUGAUCCGCCCUACGUGAAACUUGAGAAAUUGGAAGUCAUAAUCAAGUUAUGCUCCGACAAGAAUGUCGACCAAGUGUUAUCCGAACUACGGGAGUAUGCGAACGAGGUGGAUGUCGAUUUUGUACGAAAAUCUGUCGGUGCCAUAGGACGGUGUGCCGUGAAGAUUGAAUCAGCAUCAGAAAAAUGUGUGAAUGCUUUGCUUGAUUUGAUCAAGACAAAGGUCAGCCAUGUUGUGCAGGAGGCUAUUGUCGUCAUCAAGGAUAUCUUUCGCAAGUACCCAAAUAGAUAUGAGGGUAUUAUACCCGCUCUGUGCGAAAACCUCGAUACAUUGGACGAACCAGAAGCAAAAGCUUCUCUAAUCUGGAUUGUUGGCGAAUAUGCCGACCGAAUUGACAAUGCUACUGAGCUGCUAGAGUUUUUCUUGGAGGGUUUUAAAGAUGAGACAUCUAUGGUUCAGCUGCAGCUUAUCUCGGCUUCCGUCAAAUUGUUUUUGAAGAAACCGGGUGCUGCACAAGAGAUUGUUCAACGAAUUCUGACUACGGCCACCCAAGGCUGCGAUAACCCAGAUAUUCGGGAUCGAGCCUACAUAUAUUGGCGACUCUUAUCGAGUAAUCCACAAACUGCGAAGGCUGUAGUCUUGGCGGAGAAACCCCCAAUCGAAGCCGACACUGCUACGGUCAGUGAAUCAUUACUAGAUGAGCUACUCCAUAAUAUCGGAAGUCUUGCCUCUGUCUACCACAAGUCACCUUCACUCCUUGGAGGUACCUCCGUGGAAAUUGGUCGUACUCGAGAAGUCCUUGAUUUGGAAGGCGAGGAGCCGGAGGUCGACGCACGCACAGUGGCAGCCCAGGUGAACGCUGUGGUCGGUGGCGGUAUUGACAAUCUCCUCGAUCUCGACUUUGGUGGUCCGUCUGCAGGGUCUCCUGCAGUUGCCACACCUCCACCAAUGAGGACACAAACAAGCGCCAUUGACGAUCUUCUUGGGCUUACUGACCUAUCUCCCUCAACAUCUACCCCUACCUAUCAACCCGGCGGCUUUGAGCCUAUGGUUGGCGCGACUAGCACAACUCCAAAGGUCUCCUUUUUGACUUCGGCCAAUGCAAAGGGGCUCGACGUGCAAGGAGCCUUCACCAGAAGGAAUGGGGACCUCUAUCUGGAGCUAAGUUUUGCGAACCGAACAUCAGGGCCAAUGACUGAAUUUGCAAUUCAGUUCAACACUAAUACAUACGGUAUCACACCUGCAGCCUCCCUUCAGGUUCCCGAGCCAUUAGCGCCAAAUCAGAGCGCAGAUGUCUUAUUACGGUUGAGCACGUCCGGUGGCGUGCAGAAAAUGGACCCUCCCAAUUUGAUUCAAAUUGCAUUGAAGAAUAACCUUGGAAUCUACUAUUUCAAUGCAUUUAUAGCAGAGGAUAUUGUUGGCAAUCACAGAUAGCGGCAUUACAAUGCAUUAUAUUGAUAGGAUAUGUGACUCGAAGAGAUCUUUAGAAAAAGCCCUUAUUGAUUGUUUCAAGCAAUUUAAGGAGUGCCAUCAUAUGGCGCCGAUUCCCAAAAGGACUUUGAAAUCAAAACCUACAGGAGGUCGGUCAGUAUCCAGAACCGGGGACACGUACAUAAAUACAAUGCGUACCAUCCAUCCAAUGACAAAAUAAAAAAGGCACAUUGGGUACAAUGCCAA